ACGUGGAAAUAGGCGGUGGGGUUCUCCUGCAGCGCCAAGGGAAAUUAAAAAGUAUUUUGUUUGGAGAACCUCCGGCAAACCGCAUGUCAUUUGUCAUAUCUGAUUUAUUGCCCGCAGGAUCGCAUUACAGGGGAAUUUCAAAUCCCGUAACAACACCCAAGAUCACAUACUUUAAAAGGAAAUAUGUGGAAGAAGAGGAUUUUCACCCGCCGCUCAGCAGCUGUACACAUAAAACAAUCUCUGUGUUUGAGGAGCGGGCCCAUAUUCUUUACAUGUCUUUGGAAAAGCUGAAAUUCAUUGAUGAUCCUGAAGUCUACCUGCGGAGAUCAGUCCUCAUCAACAAUCUAAUGAAGAGAAUCCACGGGGAGAUCAUCAUGCAGAACAACUGGUGCUUCUCUGCCUGCUCCUUCAGUGGCACCUCGCCACAGGAGUGGUUUGUGCCUCAGGACUGUCCAUACAGAAAACGCCUUCGGAUGGCAAAGGAGGAGUACGAGAAGCUCCACACGUGCUGCUUCUAUCAAGAGUGUGGCAGUCACUAUUUAAAUCUACCCUACUCUGUUAAUGCUAGUACAGAAAAUACUUCCUCCUCUUCCUCCUCCUCUUCCUCCUCCUCCCCUCCCAUUUCUUUGCCGAGCUGUUCCCAGCAGGUGGAUUAUGACAAUGGCAGCACCCCUUCUUACAGGAGUGGUGACCAGAUACCUGCAAAUGAAAUAUUCAUCACUAAUGCCGGGUCUCACGGUGAUCAGGAAAAGGCAAAAUUUAAUGACGAGAAAGGAGGUAACGAACCUGAGCGAGAGAGCGUCGCCCUAAACUGUGAACCUGUAAGAGGCACCCAUACUCUUGAAUGUAAAGGCAAAAUUUAUGACUAUUUUGAGACUGGAUGUAAUGACAAGAGCAACAUAAGCGAAUCUUGGAAAAAAUCCUUAAGGAAAAAGGAAUCUUUACCAAGUAACAAAAUGUGCUGCAGCAAAGGAAGUAAAAUAUGAGGCAUCUUUCUUGCUCAGUUGAAGCAUGCGCAGCACGUUCGUUCGUCCGUCAAAUUUUUAUUUUGAAUGGAUUUUUUAUAGUUUUCUACAAAUGAUACAAUCAUGCCACAGACAUUACGUGUAGUUUUAAAUGACUGGAGAGCAGAUUGCUUAAAGCAUCUCUAUGAUCUGCAUCAGCGGGCUAUUUAUAAAUAUGGAGACUUCAUAAAGAACGCAGUUGGGUUACUGCUUAGCACUAUAGUUCGUACAGCUAUGGUGCAGCUUUCGUUACUGAAAAUACCAAUCAGCCAGAUGGGGAAAACAUAUUGUUUUAUAUAUCCCCGCUCCCAAGAAGUCUGCCAUUAAUUAAGAAGAACCUCCAUUAUGUUUACCAAGGAAUUAGAAGUCUGGUAAACAAAUUGAUGCUACCAGCAAGGGUGAUGCGCUCCUUGUAACUCAGUAUUUGUUCUGACAAAGGACUGUCGACAUGGACUGGGAAUAAACCAUCCUUACAUUUUGUACUGA